GUCUUCGUGCUGCCCGACAGCACCGGCGAGCUGUGCGCCGCCGCGACUCUGAUGCUCGAGCCAAAGCUCCUCCGCGGCGGAACGACGCCGCUGACUGCGCACAUCGAGGACGUCGUCGUCGACGAGAAGCUGCGCGGCUCCGGCAUAGGCAAGCAGCUGAUCCGCUGUCUCCUCGAGAUCGCUGCGGAGGCGGGCUGCGACACGGCGAGCCUGAACUGUACUCCA